UGCAGCCCUCCAGCCUAGAUGCCCGAGUAGAGUUUGCCACCGGUCCCCUCCUCCCUCGCCCUGGGGCAAUCGAGGGAGAAGCAUGGAGAAGUGGGCGGGCAGGCCCUGGCUGUGUGUGAUGCUACUCCUGUCCCUCCCUCAGCUCUGCCGGGAUCAGGAGGUGCUGUCCGGACACUCUCUUUCGGCACCCCCAGAGGAGGGCCAGGGCCCUGAGGGUGUCUGGGGACCUUGGGACCAGUGGGCCUCUUGCUCCCAGCCCUGUGGGGUGGGUGUGCAGCGCCGGAGCCGGACCUGUCAGCUCCCUACAGCUCACCUCCACCCGAGCCUGCCCCUGCCUCCCCGGCCCCCAAGACAUCCAGAAGCCCUUCUCCCCCUCCCCCGGGCUCAGGGCCCCAGGCCCCAGACUCCCCGAGAAACCCUCCCCCUGUACAGGCCACAGUCUCGGGGAAGGGGUGGCCCACAUCGGGGUCCUGCCUCGCAGCUCGGGAGAGAGGAGAUGCAGGAGACCAGGAGGCCCCGGGUUCGAGACCCCAUCAAGCCUGGAAUGUUCGGCUACGGGCGCGUGCCCUUUGCACUGCCACUGCAUCGGAACCGCAGGCAUCCCCGGAGGCCGCCCAGAUCUGAGCUGGCACAGAGCCUUCCUGGAGGGGAAGAGCCCCUUCCGUCCCCGACUCCGAGAGCAGAGCCAGCCUCUGCAAAGAACAGCCCCCAAACUCAGCUCCCUCCGACACAACUGUCUGCCCACACCCCAUUGCCCCCAGCAGAAGCCCUAAACCCUGAAGCUGCUCAGACAGAGCCGCCCCCCAGGACCAGGCCUGCCCCCUCACAGCCCCAGCCCAGAGCCCAGGCCUCUGGCACAGAGCCCCUCUCGCCCACCUCAUCCUUAGGAGAAGGUGUCCCCUUCCUGGUGUCCCCUCAGCCGAGAAUGCCCAGUUCCCAGGGUUGGGUCAGUCCCCAGGCAGGAGGGAGACGCCCUGACCCUCUCCCUUCUGUCCCUCGGGGCCGAGGCCAGCAGAACCAGGGGCCCUGGAGACCCGGGGGGAUUCUUCACGGGUCCCGCGUGGAGUCUGCCCCCCAUCACCCAGAUGGCUGGCUGCCUCUGCUGAGCACCGGCCCCCACGCCAGCCCCCUCUGGAGCCUCUUUGCUCCCAGCAGCCCGGUCCCAAAAUGUCCUGGGGAGAGAGAGCAGCUGAGAGCCUGCAGCCACGCGCCCUGCCCCCCUGAGCAGCCGGAUCCCCGGGCCCUGCAGUGUGCGGCCUUUGACUCCCAGGAAUUCAUGGGCCAACUGUACCAGUGGGAGCCCUUCACGGAAGUUCAGGGCUCCCAACGCUGUGAACUGAACUGCCGUCCCCGUGGCUUCCGUUUCUAUGUUCGCCACACCGAAAAGGUCCAGGAUGGGACCCUGUGUCAGCCCGGAGCCCCUGACAUCUGUGUGGCCGGACGCUGUCUGAGCCCCGGCUGUGAUGGGAUCCUUGGCUCUGGCAGGCGUCCGGAUGGCUGUGGCGUCUGUGGGGGUGAUGAUUCCACCUGUCGCCUUGUUUCGGGGAACCUCACGGACCGAGGGGGCCCUCUGGGCUACCAGAAGAUCCUGUGGAUUCCUGCGGGGGCCUCGCGGCUCCAGAUUGCCCAGCUGCGGCCCAGCUCCAACUACUUGGCGCUUCGAGGCCCUGGGGGCCGGUCCAUCAUCAACGGGAACUGGGCUGUGGACCCCCCUGGGUCCUACACGGCCGGCGGGACCAUCUUCCGAUAUGACCGUCCUCCCCGGGAGGAGGGCAAGGGGGAGAGCCUGUCAGCCGAAGGGCCCACGACGCAGCCUGUGGAUGUCUACAUGAUCUUUCAGGAGGAAAACCCAGGCGUCUUUUAUCAGUAUGUCAUCUCUUCACCUCCUCCAGCCCUUGAGAGCCCCAGCCCAGAGCCGCCGCGCCCCCAGCUUCAGCCUGAGAUUCUGAGGGUGGAGCCUCCGCCUGCGUCCCUGCCCCGCCCAGCCCGGACACCCGGCACCCUCCAGCGGCAGGUUCGGAUCCCCCAGAUGCCUGCCCCACCCCAUCCCAGGACACCCCUGGGGGCUCCGGCUGGAUACUGGAAACGCGUGGGACACUCCGAGUGCUCGGCGUCCUGUGGGAAAGGUGUCUGGCGCCCCGUUUUCCUCUGCGUUUCUCGUGAGUCGGGAGAGGAACUAGAUGAACGUGGCUGUGCUGGGGGCGCCAGGCCUCCCGCCUCCCCUGAGCCCUGCCACGGUCCCCCGUGCCCCCCAUACUGGGAGGCUGGUGAGUGGACGUCCUGCAGCCGCUCCUGCGGCCCCGGCACCCAGCACCGUCAGCUGCACUGUCGCCAAGAAUUCGGGGGCGGUGGCUCCUCUGUGCCCCCAGAGCGCUGCGGACAUCUCCCCCGGCCCAACGUCACUCAAACUUGCCAGCUGCGCCUUUGUGGCCACUGGGAGGUCGGCUCCCCCUGGAGCCAGUGCUCCGUGAGGUGCGGGCGUGGCCAGAGGAGCCGGCAAGUUCGCUGUGUCGGGAACAACGGCGACGAAGUGGGCCAGCAGGAGUGCACCUCAGGCCCCCCGCGGCCCCCCAGCAGAGAGGCCUGUGACAUGGGGCCCUGUACCACCGCCUGGUUCCACAGCGACUGGAGCUCCAAGGUGGGCCCCGCACCCCCGAGCCAAGUCCCUUGUCCCUGGUGACCACCCCAGGACACCCUGUCAAUCUUCCCAACACAGCUCAAUACAGUU